AAUCCGUAACCCGCCUAAUCUAAUUUGGGGCCUUAUGGGGACGCGGGACAAAAGUCCCACCGGGAGUAGUUGUCUGGUUGGCAAAGUAUUGAUCGAAGAUUUGCCCAAACGAGCUAUUUCUCACAAUGACAUACGUGAUUGGUUAAAAAAGUAUGGAUGCAUUUCAGAAAUCGUAAUAUAUCCACGCUGCUUGCUUGUUCAGUUCGACUCGGAUAUCGAGGCCGCUGGUGCUGUUCAGUGCGAAAAUGGGGCUUCACUCUUUGGCACUAAAGUCUCUCUAAAGCAUGUGGAAGCCGGUGAUUUAAAGGCGCUGCGUCGUGCAGGCCCACCAAUUGAUCGGUUUUCCACAAAUUUGCAACGGAGUUUCGGAUCCAUCUCUGGUCGUGAUCGUGACCGGGAUAAAAGUCGUGGAUCCUUGCGCCGUGACCGCUUCCGAGGUCGAACUAAGUCUCCGGACAACAAACGUUCACGUGAGAUCUCACCGCGUCGACACUCAAGGUCACCAAUCAUAACGCGUACUGAUCGGCGUACAGUUCAUCCACUAAACUGGCUAUCAGAAGUUGCUGAACGAGACAAAAAGCUAAAUGGAUCCAGUCUUCUUGGUCCUGCCGACAAAUCAACUGAAAAACCUAUCGUUAAAUCACCACCUUAUAUGGUGGCAAUAAUAACCGUCCAGCAUGAUCUUGUUCCAUAUGCUGAAAUUAUAGAACAACGUGUCACUAAAAGUCUAACUACACCAGGAAGUCCUUCUGUUACUCAUAUAGUAGUUCUACUGUCUGUAGAUCAUCUUAGCCCAUGCCUAGCUGACCUUACCAAGGAUGGUGUUCCGUUCGCGAUCAUUUGCACUAUGACUAAUUGGGCACACAACUCGUGCACAUUACGCAUUCUUUACGCUCCAACCCAACAAGAGCAUCGUAAUAUGCCUUUGGAUGAUGCAUUAAUCCUACUUCAUCGAGAAUACUCUGCAUAUACGACAAGCAGUAAAGAAGAGGUUGAUACUGCUCCUCCAGACGAUGCCAAUUUUUUGCCACCUAGUCGCCAUUUAGCUUCCCUACUUCAUAUGCUGGCUGAUUCUCGUGUUCUAAGUGUUGGAGAGUUAGACGAGAUCACUGUUUUUGUCCAGGAGCGAAAGCGUCGUCUGGAAGGCCGACGAAAUGCCAACAGUGAUGCCGGUGCAUGCAGUGAAAAUACAGCUGAGCUCAAGUCAAGAAUUUUAAGCAUGCUUUAUCCUCAGCCUGUUAGCUCUACUACAACUACAAACACUGCUUCUUCCAAUGUACCAGUUGACGCGGCUCAUCAAACUCAAGAUUUAACAGCUACUAGUAUUGGAAGUAAAUUAGCUGAAAACUUGACUAACCCUAUUGUACAAAAAGCCAUAGAUACGUUAAUGUCAUAUCCUUCAAACUCUGUGCCUCAAACUGCAACGCAAAAGUCGCUUAGCGCUAUGGAUACACAAAAUAUGCAAUCUAAGAACUCUUUUCGCAACAAUAUAAAGCCUCAUUCUUCUUUAGCAAUUGCUGCAUAUUCACCCAGUUGCAUGAAACAGCCUACCAGUUGGAGCUAUGAAGAUAAUAGUUUUCGGCCAAGUCGACCGCUAAUUUCCAAUGACUUUAGUCAGCAUGUCCCUUAUGGACAGCAUACCAGACCUAGCAUGAUCCAGCAGCGUGAAUAUCCCAGUGACGAAUCACGUAAGGGUCCUGGUUUCAUAGAACAUGGAGUUCAAAGAGGCGCUUAUCACUCCGAAUUUGAAGUAAAUGAACCAGUUCGUGAUUCAAAUGAAGAGUUCACAGAAGAAAGUGCUUAUCCAGGUUGGCCUAGGAGAAAAAGAAAAAAACGAGGUUGUAAAGCUCCCUCAGGCGAUUCAUAUCAAUAUCUUGACCCUAAGAGUUAUGCACGUCAAAACGUUGACCAGCAAUCUCAACAACCUGUAGAUCUUAUGUCUACGGAGGUUCAUCCAGUCGGUGCUGUAGCUGAAGCGUACAAAUAUUCUCAAGCUAACCCCCUCAUAUUCAAUCCGGGAGUCCGUGGUAGAUCUCAGAGAAUAACCGGUGGGAGUUCAUCUUAUGACAAUUACAAUUAUCAAUCAUUUGGACCGCAUCAGCCGAAUAAUUUGAAUCUUCAUACCCAAUCUUAUGGUUAUCCCAAUCCAUCUUCAUUUUAUUAGCACUUUUACGAGUAAAAUUUGUGUCCUGUAAGAUUAGUUCAGUUUUUUUCCAACAUAUUUACAUUCGAACAUAUUUUGCUAAAUGUUAUUGUAAUUAAUUUUUUAAACAAAGCGUUCUGCUCAUAUUAACUUUGCUGGGAAAAUGAAAAAAAAGCAAAGAGGAUACAACACAAACCUCUAUAAUUUCCUUUCUAUUUAAAAAUGAGUUGAUUUUUUCAGUGUUUGUAUUAUUGUACCGCGUCAUCCUGUGUUGUUAAUUAGAAUUCAUCAUUUUCAACCUCUGGCUAAAAUAACAACAUAAUUCGCUUUAAAACUUGUUCUUUUUUGUUAAAAAAUAUUUUGUGCUGAGGUAUGUGAUGUAUUGGAAUUCCUUUCACUCAAUAUUCUAGCCGUUACAGUUCAACUAGUUUGCUCUUAAUUAUAUUAUCAAGAUUUUGCUGCUAAUAUUGACUCUGUUAGUUAAUAUAGCCGAUUUCCCUUUUAUUUCGUUCCCUGCUUUGGAACAGUAAGCGUGAAGUAUGCUUUUGUUCAAAUUAGUCUAUUAUUUACAGUACCAACCUUUACUCCAAUAAUGGUUCCUACCGAAUGCCGAACUUCUAAUCAUUCAUUGAGUUCAAUACUCUUCCGUAAUGAUGCAAAUUCUUAAUAUCCGCUAUCAUCGAAAUACGUACUGACUACAUAUGUCUUUAAUUUCCUAUUAUAUCAGUCCCACACGUUGUGAAGACUUUUGAAUACAACUGGUGUGGCUCCAUAGCUUUGAUAAGUAGUGUUCUUCGAGCACACUUGAAACGAAGAAGGAAGCGUUAUAGUCUAGUAUCAGAUAUUAUCAGAUGGUAUUUAGCUAGGUCAAGUAAACAGUAAACUGUCGAUGAUACUGUCGUUCCUAUUUUAUAGUGAUUACACAAUACUUCGCUUACAAGUAUUUGAUUCUAUCUGCUCUUCGAAAAUAAAACUAUAUGGAAGAUAAAGUAAGUUAUAUAAUGAUUCUUUCUAUUCAUUUACUUAAUAGUUCAGAGUUAACGGUCCUAAAAUCGGUCUAUAAAUAAUUUUAGGAUCUUAAGCUAUCCCAAUUGUUUUCUUCAUACUGCCUUUUGCUAUUUUCGGUCUUUAUAAUUUUCCAGCUGGCAAAUGAGUUUGUAAAUAUCACCUUUUCACGUCUACCCUGAAGACAACUGUCUGGGUAAUUUCCGCAUAUUUAGAUAAGUAAUAGCCGUCAUGUACAAGUCAUUAGUGGAGUCAAGUGUUCUGCUCGAUGAGUUAAUAUUAUAAUUAUGGACUCGUAGUACUCUUUAUUUGAGGGCUUUAUUUUUAAAUGCACUCGUAUAAAUCCGCUUCUGUCAAUGUAAUACUGAGAUCAAUAAAAACAAAAUUCGAUCCUGUUUUUUGUUUCAUUAAAUUUGUUAAUUGUUGAAAGUAUCCUAAGGCAAUAUGAGUGCUUGUAAACUCAAUUUUCUGUCACUAAGAAAAAGAACGUAGAAAUAAGUAACUUAAAUUCAUUUCCAUGUAUCACAUACGACAGUCCAUAAACUAAUUUUGUGAGACGAUGAUCUUCAAACCACAAAAAUAAGUCAACACAAGUUUCACUGUCAUGAUGUUGUUCUGACUCACCUCAAGUGAGUUUUAUUCUUUGUUGAUGUUAAGAUUCUAUACAAUAAAAUCUUCCAUUCGAAUCUUCUACUCCUUUUCUUUCAAAUUAAUUAAAAUUGAUUACAAUAGCCACAUAAAUCAUUGCUUACAAACUUGAACUGGGUUCCAUGCUUAUCUGAGAAUGUUGAAAUUAGCAGUAACUAAGCUAAUUCAUAUAUCUUAAAGUUACUUAAUAACAUCAAACUUACUUGCUACAGUUUCUCCAUCAACCACACCGUUUUAUUAUUCGAAUAUAAACGGGCAUUAAAUGUUAUGUUUUAUUGUC